AUGAUUAUAGCAGACGACGCGAGCGAGCGACCGCCCUCGCCCUCGCACAAAUCCUCGUCGUCGCGCCCACACGCGCCCUCGACGCUUUCUACGAGCUCUGCAGGUCCCGUACAAAGACAGCCAAGUCCUGGUCCAGCGCCUCCAUCGUAUAGCGUCGCCACUUCUGAGGGAGCAAGUUCACCGUUGACACCUCUGAUACCGCGUCCAUUCUACGAACGGCCCCAGAGAAACGACCCACUGGUCAUGGAACGCGGAUACUAUGACCAAACACUCCUCGCGGCUGCGGAACAGAGAGAACGCGAACUCGCGCGACGUACACGAAAACGAUUCCUCCGUGCACUCCUCUAUGCUUGUAUCAUAUAUAUCCUUCUCGGCGCGUUUGUUGGUAGCAUGUCACCGUCGUUUAGCACAGGUCGCAAGAAUCCUUGGCUUGAUGAUGAUGACGUCCCUUCUGAUCCUGAAACCCCGGACGACAUCCCUUCAUUACCCAAUCCUUCUCGACCCCGUCCACCAUCCUCAAAGCCAUGGCCAGAGCGCACUGAUGGAGAUAUCGUUGAGUGCUACGGGGGUGAUUCGUGGAGAGACGAACAGUCCUUGUACGAGGGCAUGAUCCUCGUCAGUGGGCCCAGCGACGGUUCCGAAUACCCAUUCACCGUGUACAAUGAUUUCAGCCUGCCUGUCGAUGCACCAUCUCUUUCAGUGUUCACUCGCGGAACCCAUGCAUCCGGUCGUACCCUCACUACUAGAGACGCGGAUCCAUCCAAAGACAUCAGACUUGCGAUAGACAUCGCGAUUCCCAAAGGCGCAGAUGCUACAAGGGUCAUUGAAAGCUUUACCCUCGCCUUUUCGUGGUUCUCUCUGUCUCUCGAUACUGGAGACGACGUCCGAUUCAAUCAAAUCACCGCCGUUUCGUCCAGUGACAAAAUUGAAUCAAAGGGCUUGCUCGCAACCCAAGCUGUCAUCACCUCAUCUAACGGGCCAGUUUCUGGCUCACUCAACGUGACUCGCGAGCUGGUCGUCUCGACGUCCAACGCCAAGAUUGAUGUGGAUAUCAACGUGUUUGAUAACGAGGACGAACCCAAGCAUCCAUCUGUUACGCUCUCCACCUCGAAUGGAGGGAUAUUUACGCGUAACGCGCUUUACCGCGACCACGAGAGCGACAAAGGGGGUGCCUACGAGAUUGUGGCGUCGACGAAGAACGCCCAAAUAAACAUGAACUUUACGACUGCGCCCAUCGACUCGACGCUGAUGCUGACGACGAGUACAUCCAACGCAGGCUCCGAGAUUCAUCUCCAUCCGACGUAUGAAGGAGGACUACUUCUCAGCACGAGCAAUGGGGAAGCACGAGUCGAGAUUAAAGAUGAUACGAAAGAUCCGAGCGGCGAAGGGCGGGAACGCCAGCUGCACUUGGAUUCGGUGUGGAAGGGGCUUGUGAUUGGCUGGGUUGGCUGGGGAGAGAAGAAGAAGCGAGGGGAUCUCGCGGCGCAUACAAGCAACGGAAGGAAUAUCGUCUACGUCUAA